AUGUUUAUGAGCGCUCCUCCCCGUUUGGCCUUCCAUGGCUCGGACAUCUUCGCCUUUAAGCAGCUCAUGAAAGCCCAAGUCCCACAGCGCUCCAACGACAGACGGCAGAGAAAACUGAUCGCGCGAAACGGCAAGCAUUCUUUGAGCUCCAGGUCAAUACAACAGCAGAGCGCCAUGACGAGCGAGGACUGGUCUUUUGCCGGCGUGCCAGACGGAAUCCAAGACAGUUUCGAGGUCCAGCAACUCCGGAACAGGUACCUGGCCGGCACCGCGGGCAGCCCUUAUGCUGACCCUGAUCACGGCAUCUUUUUUCAAAGGGUGCAACGGCCGGAUGGCUUUUCCGGAAACAAACGACCAGUGAUGGAUCCCAACCAGCCAUGGCAGUCGUCUUUUGGAGUCCAUGACAUGACCGAUAUCCAAUCCAUGUUUGCUCCGAUGCAAUUCCAAUUCGAUUCUGCCUGCAUUGAUGGUCUCCCCAUGCAGACGCCGAACAGCAUGGACCAAAUCAUGCCCGCGUCCUCUGCAGGCUUUGCCCUCUCGGACGCGGGCACAAGUUUUGGGAGCUUUUCUUCUGCAGGCGCCUCCAACCUCCUCGAACCCUUCGUUCCGGUCGGUUGUGCUGCACUUGUUCCCAGUUCUUCGGAUCAGUUCGAGUAUGCCAACUCGCCCUUCCCGAGCUCUUCCUUUGUGCACGAGGAUCUCACCAACACCAAAGGGGAUCCCCCGUCGCCGCCGCCCUUCUCUGAGCCGACGCCCCUCCUCUUUUUCCCAACACCGCAAGACCAGCUCUCUGGGCGCCAGUGCUGUAUGGCAGAUCAACAAGAAGCAACGAGGGUUCCGAUGCUGGAGAGCAAUGGUAGCUGCACCGCCACCAAGUCCGACCCUAUGGCGCAGCAAAUGCUGGCGCCAAGGCCGCGCAAAGAGCUUCCGGACCAUCCGCGGUCGUCGCGAGCCGACUCAGGCAACCCCUCAUGCCGCCAUGGGUCUCCAUCUCGCAAGCACUUGCCUGCCACGCACAAGGCGGAACUCCGGCCGAAGCAGUCGAAACCUUGCCCGACAGAACCCUCUCCGGUAGAUCUUGCGGAGCGUUCUGCCAAGGAUGAAUACUUGCUCAAGGCCAAGCAAGACGGGCUGACGUACCGCGAGAUCCGGGUCAAGGGUAACUUCACCGAAGCCGAGUCGACUCUGCGCGGUCGAUACCGCACACUCACCAAAAGCAAAGAGGCCAGAGUCCGGAAACCCGAGUGGACCGAUAAGGACGGCAACGAUCCCUCCUCAACCAAGAUCCCCUGGAAGCAGGUAGCGGAGUACAUCCAACGGAACGGCGGUUCGUACUUGUUCGGAAAUGCUACGUGUCGCAAAAAAUGGGACGAACUCGUGCUGGCCGCAUAG